AUGGGGUGCAGUGAUGCUCAGAAGGUAACUUUUGGUACUCAUAUGCUGGAAGGAGAGGCUGAAGCAUGGUGGGACAACAGUCGUCAGAGGUUGGAAACUGAAGACAUUCGUAGUGCAAAGGGGGUCGAAUUUUUGGAGCUGAAACAGGGUAGCCUGACUGUUGCCGAGUAUGCUGCACGGUUUGAAGAUUUAGUACAGUAUUGUGCACAUUACCAUACUGAAGAGGCUAUGACCUCAAAGUGUUUGAAGUUUGAGAACGGGUUGCGUCCCGAGAUCAAACAGGGUAUCACUUGUCAGAAUAUAAGAAAUUAUCCAGAAUUGAGUGCUCCAGCUGACAAGGGAAAACAUAAAGUUGUUGUAAGAAAGAAGCCAAGUGGGGGAGGGGAAAUUCCCAAUCCUACGAAGUGCUUUAGAUGUGGGGGUACAGGUCACCGUGCUAAUGAUUGUACAGUUGAGGCGAAGAAAUGCUUUAAGUGCGGAAGAUCAGGACAUGUUAUAGCCGAUUGCAGAUCCACUAUGCCUACCUGUUAUAGCUGUGGAGAAAAGGGUCAUAUUAGCACUCACUAUGAGAAGCCGAAGAAAUCGCAGGCUGGUGGAAAGGUGUUUGCAUUGGUGGGAACCCAAUCCACCAGUGGUGAUCGUUCGAUCAAAGGGAUGGACUGGUUAGAGUCCAAUCGUGUGUACAUUGACUACUUUAGGAAGAGGUUGAUGUUCCUUACUCCUGAAGAGGAAGCAUUGGCUAAUUCCUUAUCUACCAAGGAGAUGAGGACCUUGCUGGAGAGUGAAGCUAAGAUGUUUGUUGUGUUUGCUUCACUGUCGGUUGGGAGCAAAAUAGCAAUCGAAGAGCUACCGGUGGUAAAUGAAUUUCUUGAAGUGUUUCCUGAUGAUAUUAUUGAGUUACCUCCAGAGAGGGAAGUUGAAUUUAAUAUUGAUCUUGUUCCUGGUACUAGACCUAUUUCUAUGGCGCCGUACAGGAUGUCUGCAUCGGAGUUGGCAGAGUUGAAGGCUCAGAUAGGUGAACUGCUUGAUAAGAAAUUUAUUAGGUCGAGUGUGUCGCCAUGGGGGGCUCCAGUGUUAUUGGUGAAGAAGAAGGAUGGUAGUAUGCGUUUGUGUAUUGAUUACCGUCAAUUGAAUAAAGUGACCAUUAAGAAUAAGUAUCCGCUUCCUAGGAUUGAUGACUUAAUGGAUCAGCUUGAUGGUGCCCGUGUAUUUAGUAAAAUUGAUUUGAGGUCGGGUUACCAUCAGAUUAGAGUGAAGGAGAGGGAUAUUCAGAAAGCUGCCUUUAGGACUCGUUACAGACAUUACGAAUAUGCAGUAAUGCCUUUCGGAGUGUCUAAUGCGCCAGGUGUGUUUAUGGAGUAUAUGAACCGUAUUUUCCAUUCUUACCUGAAUAAGUUUAUUGUGGUAUUCAUCAAUGACAUAUUGAUUUAUUCUAAGUCGGAAGAGGAUCAUACGGAGCACUUGAGAAUCGCGUUGCAGGUGUUGAAGGAUAAUAAAUUGUUUGCAAAAUUCUCGAAGUGUGAGUUUUGGCUGGAGACUGUGAGUUUCCUAGGACAUGUUAUUUCGGGUGAUGGUAUAGCAGUGGAUCCAUCUAAGAUAAGUGCAGUACUUCAGUGGGAACCUCCGAAGACAGUAACAAAGAUUAGAAGCUUUUUAGGUUUGGCAGGUUAUUACCGAGGAUUUAUUGAAGGGUUUUCUAAUUUGGCGUUGCCGUUGACUCAGUUGACUAGGAAGGAUUAA